CGGCGGGCGCGAUGUCCUGGGCGGCGGCGGUGCUGCAGCUGCUGAGGGGAAUGAACUCGUUCCACACGCAGGGCUCCUCCAAGGCCUCCUGCAAACCCUUCCAUGUGUGCGGCCAGGCGGUGGGGGUGGUGCCGCCCCGGGUCACCGCCCUCCUUCCCCGCCACCCCGACGUCUUCCAGCUGAGCGAGUGCGAGCCGGUGCAGCUGUGUGCCGGGAUGAGCACGUACGAGGAGCGAUCCCACGCCCUCCGCCGCGUCCUGGACCAGUGGAGGCAGCUGGAGCUCUUCGACUGCCUGCGGGGCUGGAGGGACGAGAAUUACGAGGUGAUGCCGAGGUUCUGUGACCCACCCCUGAUGCACGUGGAGCGCUCGGCAGCCAGUUUGUUCGGGAUCAAGACUUACGGGGUUCAUGUGAACGGAUACGUCCGCCUCGAGGACGGGGGGCUGGCCAUGUGGAUCGGCAGGCGGGCCCACUCCAAGCAGACCUUCCCGGGAAUGCUGGACAAUCUGGCAGCGGGCGGACUCUCGGCCGGUCUGGGCGUGAAGGAGACGGCGGUGAAGGAGUGCGCCGAGGAGGCUUCCAUCCCGGAGUGUGUGGCCGCCAUGGCCGUGCCGGCCGGCAGUGUCAGCUAUACCUACGAGGACGAGAGAGGCAUCUUCCCCGAGUGCCAGUUCGUCUACGACCUGGAGCUUCCCGCUGACCUGGUCCCGCGGGUGGGCGACGGCGAGAUGUCGGGAUUCUACCUCUGGCCUCUGGAGCAGGUGAGAGAGGCCAUCGCGGGCUCCGAGUUCAAACCCAACUGUGCCAUGGUGGCCCUGGACUUCCUCAUCCGCCACGGAGUCGUGCAUGCCGACAGUGAGCCGUACUACCAGCAGUUGGUCGAAGGUCUGCACAGGGAGCUCUGAGCCGGAUUCAGCCGAUGGACCCAGAACUCGGGGGCCGAUCCCCCCGCGCCGAAGGCCCCGUCCUCCGUCCUGCUGCCCGACGGGACAGGAUACCUGUGGUGCUGCAUCCCCUCCUGGCUCCGGUCGCGCGGGAGAUGAACUGUACGCUGGACACCGAUCCGGGGGGGGUCUACGAUUAAAGGGCUGCACAACCGCUCUCCCUGGCUCUCUUGUU